ACAAUAAUUAAGAAUACAUGACCUAAAAAUGGUGAUAGGCAUUUGGUUUUACAAUUUAACAUUUUAUAGACUUAAUUAAUGAAGACAAUUUUUCUAUAUGGAUAUAAUCAGCUUUAAAUAACAGGUAAUAUUUGAAGUAAUACCUGGAUGAUUUGUACCAACAUAGAAUUGUCAAAAAUGUUUCUGGCGAUAUUUUAACAAACAAAUGUUUCUGUUAGCUCUCCAACUAGACAACCACAAUGAUGAAGAUGCUGCUCGGCUGCUCUCUCUGCCUGCUCCUCCUGCUCAGCUGUCUGAGUGAACCUGGGGAGAGCCGAACCCUGAGCUUGGCAAGCUGCUCUGUCAAUGUUCACAUGCACGAACUGCGCAAAUAUUACAUUGACAUACGAUCAGAUGCGAUAGAAAGUGACAGUGCAAUUGGAGUAAAACUUCUGGACAAAUCCUUGAUCAACAAUCUUCAGGAUGGUCAGACGUGCUGUUUCCUGCGUCUUGUGCUACGUUUCUACGUUGAGAGAGUGUUCAGCAACUACGCCUCUUCCCAGCCACAGCAUCAACGCUGCUCCAGCGCUCUUGCUAACGCUUUUGUCAGCAUCAGAAAAGUUAUACACAGAUGUCACUGCCACUGUGAAGAGGACACACAGAGAAAGAUGGACUCCCUGACUUCUGAGUUUAUCAAGCUAGACAUAAACCAGGCUGCACAGAAGGCCGUGGGAGAACUGGACACUGUGCUGGAGUGGCUGGAGGGCCAGACAACACUUGCUUGAUCAAACAAUGUGAAUCAACACUGCAAGGCCUGCUGUUGAUGAAGCUAACACCAAAGAUGUUUAGUCUUGACCUGACAUUUACUUGUAAGCAGAGUGAGGGUUUGUUAACUUCACUUCUCUGCACUUGUAGUCUACAUUUCUAAUUGUUGUACUUGA